AUGCCCUCGCUCCAUCUGCCCGGCUGCGGCCUCCCCGUGCACCAUCUGCCAUCCCGCCACUUCCCAGUCCUCAUGGGGCUGGCGGAAACCGACUUCAAGGCCCUGACUCUCACCAUCCGCGAGAUUUGCCUCAUGAGAGCCGUCGAGGAAAUCACCAACAAGCCCGACUGGUGGGUCAAGGUCAAGCAGCCCGACGUUGCCGACAAGUGGAGGCUCGAAGCCCUGGCCAUGGACUGGGCUGCCUAUCACCGCUUCGCCGACUUUACGCCCGCAAUGGCUGACGCCUGCAUCGCCGAGCUCAAGCACAAGGCCGACCUGUACGAGAAGACGGGCCUGGUCCCCAUCCUGGACUACUCCGCCGCCGUCAUCAAGUCGGACAGCAUUGUCCCCGACGGCCUCUGGCAGAGCCUCAGGCUAGCCGUCGCGCCGCUCGAGCAGGUGCCCGAGCUGGACAGGGACUGGCACCCGGGCAGCAGGCAAACGGUGCUCAACCUGGUCCACCCGUCCCUGUGGCCGCUCGUCUACGGCAGAUCCAGGGUCCUCACCGACAGGCGGGUAGGCGUCGACGACGCGCUGCGCAGCUGCGGCACGGGAGCAGUCAUUCCGGAGCCGGACGAGGCGCCCGAGGGCAUGGCCCACUGCGUGUCCACCAGGUUUCAAUGGCUUCCCUGCGACGUCCUGGUGCGCGAGGACGGGCGCGUCAAGGUGGAGAGCUACAUCAACAACUUGCAUCCGGUCAAGCACGCGGCUCUGUACCCCGUCAUUGAGGAGUUUAUCGAAAAAUCGCUCCCUGCCUGGGACGUCUUGUAUCGGUGGCCGGAUGAGUUUGCCAUGAGGCGGCUGUCGACGGAGCGCGCCAGAGUUCGCUGCAGAGCCAAGCAGACGUGCAGGAAAUCCCACUACCCUUGCACGCCGAAAGCGAGGCCGACGAGGGAUGAUGAGCCGCGGCGACGGAAAUGGGAGGAUGGCUACAGCGACUCUGAGAUUUCCGAGAGCGACGCGGACGACGGGGACGACGAGGAUGGCGAGGACGGCGAGGACGACGGGGACAGCGAGGACGGCAAGGGCGGCAAGGACGACGAGGACGACGAAGACGGCAAGGACGAGCAGGUUGUGCAACCGGAGACGGCAGCCAAAGCUCACCCCAGAAAUCGGAUCAAGGUCCUGGGCCAUCUUGGCCUAAAGAGCCGAGAUGAGUCCGAGUAUGAUACGGAGCCGUCAGCCGAUGAAGACCAUCAGGACAAUGACGUCGACGCUUCCGACGACGAACAGAACGGAUCCGACGACUCGGACUCGGACGUAGAGCGCAACCCAAACCACAUAUCAGAGCGCGACGUUAAGCGUCGCGACUUUUGCUGGUUCAACAAGACUCACCCUGUCGUUGCGCCCGAGCCGCAAAAGCAGUGUCCAGUCCGGCUGCGAGCCGACCACGUCCCAACCUCGGACUUCUUCUCCUUCAUCCCCCAGCAGGCCGAGGGCUUGCCACCCCGCACCCGUCGUCUCCAGGUCAUCGUCAAGCUCGCCAGCAUCCAUCUCACGCCGGAAAAGCCCGCCUACGACGGCGGGUCGUGGCACGUGGAAGGCCAGCUCAACGAGCACAUCUGCUCGACCGCCCUGUUCUACUACGACAGCCAAAACGUCACAGAGAGCCGCCUCGACUUCCGCACAAUGGCCAACCGCGACCAGCUGGACGAGUACCCGGCCCUGGCCUACGAGCAGUACGACUGGCGCACCAUCCGGCGCCUCUUUGCCAUCGAGUCGCCGGGCGGGGGCUCGACCGUCCAGGAGAUUGGCAGCGUCCUGACCCGCGAGCGCCGAGCCGUCUUCUUCCCCAACGUCUUCCAGCACCACGUGAGCCCGUUCAGGCUCGACGACCCCACGCGGGAGGGCCACAGGAAGAUCCUCGCCCUGUUCCUGGUCGACCCCGCCGUUCGGGUCAUUUCCACGGCCAACGUGCCGCCGCAGCGGAGGGACUGGUGGCUUGACCAGCUGGACUUGGGCGAGGGGAGGCUGCCGCCGGAGCUGGCGGACAUGGUGUUGAGGAAUGUCGAUGAUUUCCCGAUGGGUGAGCCCGAGGCGAGGGCGUAUCGCGCGGAGCUCAUGGCGGAGAGGUCGGCCAACGAGUGGAGGGCGGCGGACAAGAUGAGGGCGGUUGAGUGGAAUUUCUGCGAGCAUUGA